AUGAAAUGCGUAAAACUGAUUAUAUGUAGCGAUCUCACGUGCUUUGACACUCCUCAUUGUUCUUUAUUUACUAAUCAAACAAAUUCUAGUAUUUUAACAAAUUUUGUUCUGAAAAGAACACGAGGUACCAUGCCAAACGAAACAGCCACAUCGAAUUCAACGAGCUGUCCCGCUUGGCAACAGUCCUCUUCGACAAACUCAGCAAAUAACAAUCCUAUAGAUACACCUCCUGAUUCUGCUAUCCUACCCCCCAAAGAUUGGCCAAGUCUUGCUGAAGCAACUGAUGAACAACCGGUUACCUCACAACCCAAUACACCUCGAACACGAAAUCGAAAAGGCAAGCAAAAAUGGGUCCCAUUACCAUUAGAAAACAAUGAAGGUGAUGUAGCAACAGUAACAUCAGCAACACCUAGCACUCAAAACACACCGAAAGCAGCUGGUACGAAAGCCAAUCGUGCCGGACGAAAUGCUCGUAGCGCACGAGGAACAAAUCGAAAUCGUACACGUAGUCUCGAUGGUGCAACGCCGAAAAAGAAUCGAAAGAACCGAGGAGCUGCUGUGACUGCAGCAGGAGCAUCAACAGCAACGGGAGCUUACAAUCCUUAUCAAGAUUAUUACGCAUAUUACUAUUACGAUCAAGGUGGUAAUUCAGUGAAAUGGUAUCCAGAUAAACAAGGUAAACGAAGAAAGAAAGCCGAAGGAUCAGGUGCUGUCGAACAAAGUGAAGAUACGACAGUCUUGUACCCAAUUAAUUUGUGCUGUACUACUAAUCCAACUCGUGAUGUUCAUAAGUUUAUAUUUGAUGACGAAGCAGUUGUUGUUGACGAUUGCUCUUUUGUGCUACCAUACAUUGAAAAUGCUUAUUAUUAUCCUCCAACAAGUCCAUCACCAACUACCGAAUUACCUUUAACUAAUCCUAAUGAAUAUACUACUCCGCUUAUACCUGCUUAUACUGAACAACAAUUGAAAGAGCUUCUUCGACUUCAAGUGGAAUAUUAUUUCAGUACGGAGAAUCUUGCGGUUGAUAUAUUUCUUCGACAACAAAUGACCAACGAUGGUUACGUCCCAUUAUCAUUAAUCGCGAGUUUCAAUCGUGUUCGAUCACUAUGUGAUGAUGUUCAGCUAAUCGCUGAUGCAGUUCGUGAUAGUCUUGUGGUUGAGCUGAAUGAUCAAUGCAUGGUACGUUGUCGAACAGAUCCGACGCGUUGGCCAUUGUUAACCGAUGUAAACAAUCAUCUAACCGAGUUAAAUCCUGAUGUUCCCGACUUUCAACCGGGAAAGAUUUGGAAACAAGCGAAUCAAUCUGAUAAAACUGUGAAAAGCGAAUUGAAUCCAUCAGAGGAGCAACAUGAUUUGAAUUGGAAUCAAGUCUCGUCGAAGAGGAAGAAACCAGCAAAGAAAAAGGAGAAAAAAGAACAACAGCAAGUCCAGGUUGUACCAUCUGAACAGGUGACCAAAGAAGAUAAUCGUGAAGAAUUAGACUUCAAAUUUGAUGAGGAAUUACCGAGUAAAGCAAACAAUAUACCAACAUUUAUUCCACUAAACCGACGUCGCACGACAUCGUUGACAUACGAUCUGCAUGAAGAAAAUGACGAUGACGAAUCUGACUUUGAAUUAGAUGAUAACGACAUUGAUAAAAUUCUCAUCAUCACACCAACACCACCAUCGAAUCGUAAGCACCAGCAGAGAACUCAUGAUCGUACUGGUGAACAUACGCCACGAGCACGAAUGACGGCCGAACUAGCUAAAAUAAUUGACGAUGGUUUAAGACGUUAUGAAGCCGAAUUAUGGCAUCCGGAUCGACCAACAAAGGCGUCCAUUGAUAAAACAGUGAAACUAAUCAGUCAAGAAGAAAUGAAUACGAUCAGAAAUCAACGACAAACAAGUACGGAUCGCCACUCAAAUGAACAUAGUCAAUCACAAAGUGCAAAAGAAAAUAUUGAAUCAACGGAUAAUAAUCAACCACGUACGCCAGCUAUUGCAAUCGUUCGCUCAAAUAAUUCUGCUCAAGCACCACCACAAGCUGAACCUUUCUUUCGUCCAAAACAUUUAACUGGCGUCAGCCAACAAGCACUUUUGACACCACCAACACAAGAUAUCAUUUCUCAAUCAUUACCAAAUAAUCUACAAAAAUCAAGUGAUGCAAACUCAACUAUGCCGUUACCCUCAAUUGUUGAUACAGCUGAGAAAUGUCCGGAAACGCCCCGAACACCUCACUCACGUGCAAAGAAUAUCGCGCGAUUUUAUCCGGUGACUAAGGACGCACCCGUUGUGAAAGCUGAUACGCCAGGCUUGAAACGAAAGACACGCCAUAGUGAAAAUCCACCAGUGGAAAGCUCGGUCGGUUGGGUUUUUGACUCCCGUGAUCAUCCAACAACGAGACAACGAAGCAAUACAACGAACUCUACUCGACAACAGGAUUUUUACGAUCCAUAUUCAUCGUCACACAAUGAUUCGUAUUAUCGGUAUGGAACUAGUGCCAAUUCAUACGAUUUCUAUGGUUCAACACCAGUGGAAAUACCUCAAUUCCAACAUCCUUCCCAUUCGCUCUUACAACAGAAUGGUUUCACGCAACAAGUUUACAAUAAAUACAAACAACAAUGUAUAGAUGAUCGUGCAAGACUUGGUCCAGGUCAAUCGAUGGAAAUGAAUACACUCUAUCGUUUUUGGUCGUUUUUUCUUCGUGAAAACUUCAAUCGUCGUAUGUACAAUGAAUUCAAACAAUACGCCGUUGACGACGCGAAAAUUGAUCAUCGAUAUGGUGUUGAGUGUUUAUUUCGGUUUUACACAUAUGGUCUUGAAAAACAUUUUCGUAAGGAAGUGUUCGAAGACUUUCAACGUGAAACUUUUCGUGAUUAUGAAGCCGGUCAAUUGUAUGGUUUAGAAAAAUUCUGGGCUUUUCUCAAGUAUUCACGACAAAAGCCAAAGAUUGAUCCAAAACUAGAAGAAAUCUUGAAAAAUUUCAAACGUCUCGAAGAUUUUCGUGUUGAUGGAGCUUCAUUUCCACAACAGUUCUAUCCAACUAAAUCAGGAAUCAUAACUGUCCCGCCGCCAGAAGCUGUUGCUGCAGCGGCUGCGAAGAAUAGUGAUGCAUCCAAUUCGUUGAAAACAUCAGGUGAUUAUUUUCCAGCGCGUCAUCGUGGUCAACCACGACAAGCAAAUCGUCGAACAAUUUCCGAACGAUGUUAA